CACUACAGUAGGGCCAGGGAAGAGAGAUGGCUCCGUGAAGCUCCACACUUCUGGUCCUCACCACAGUUGUAAUCCCAGCCCGACUGCUGCUAUUUCUACCGGAGCUUUAUAUGUCGAUGUUGCCGAGCUCAUGAACUUGGCUAGUCAGAGCGGGGAUGCUGGCGGCAGCCAGCUCCUCUUCGCCAACUUUAACCAGGACAACACGUCCUUAGCUGUUGGCACCAAAUCAGGAUACAAGUUUUUCUCCCUGUCCUCUGUGGACAAAUUGGAGCAGAUAUAUGAAUGUACGGACACGGAGGAUGUGUGUAUCGUGGAGCGUCUGUUCUCCAGCAGCCUGGUGGCCAUCGUCAGCCUGAAGGCCCCCAGGAAACUCAAAGUCUGUCACUUCAAGAAGGGAACCGAGAUCUGCAACUACUCCUAUUCCAACACCAUACUGGCCGUCAAACUCAACAGACAGAGGCUGAUCGUGUGUCUGGAGGAGUCGCUGUACAUUCACAACAUCCGAGACAUGAAAGUGCUUCACACCAUCAGAGAGACUCCACCCAACCCUUCAGGACUGUGCGCCCUUUCCAUCAGUAAUGAUAACUGCUACCUGGCGUAUCCAGGCAGCGCUACAAUAGGAGAAGUUCAGGUGUUUGACACAGUCAACCUGCGAGCGGCUAAUAUGAUUCCAGCCCACGACAGCCCGUUAGCGGCGCUGGCUUUCGAUGCCAGUGGAACCAAACUGGCCACAGCCUCAGAGAAGGGCACAGUCAUUCGUGUCUUCUCAAUCCCAGAGGGACAGAAGCUCUUUGAGUUUCGGCGAGGAGUCAAGAGGUGUGUGAGCAUUUGCUCGUUGGCGUUCAGUAUGGAGGGCCUGUACCUGUCGGCCUCCAGCAACACAGAGACGGUCCACAUCUUCAAGUUAGAAACGCAGAAGGAGAAGUAUGUGCCUGCGGAGGAGCCCACCACAUGGGGAGGGUAUCUGGGCAAGGUCCUGAUGGCGUCCACCACCUACCUGCCUUCCCAGGUCACGGAGAUGUUCACCCAGGGCCGAGCCUUCGCCACCGUUCGCCUGCCCUUCUGCGGACACAAGAACAUCUGCGCCUUAGCUGUGAUUCAGAAGAUUCCCAGAUUGUUGGUUGCAGCAGCUGAUGGUUACCUGUAUCUCUACAACCUGGAUCCACAGGAGGGAGGGGAAUGCACACUUAUGAAGCAGCACAGGUUAGACGGCAGCGCUGAAGCACCCAAUGAGAUCCUUGAGCAGGGGUCACAUGACCGCCCACUUGUGGCCCAAACCUAUAGUGCUGCAGUCACUAAAGGUUACUGCGAAGAGCAGGGCGCUGUGGGGGGGGCGGGCCUCGAAGAUGACCUCAAUGACUUGCGCUUGGAGGAAGAGAACGAGCAACCGCCGCUCAUCCUUGAAACUGACUGACGAACUGCGAACGGCCGUACCCACCAAUCAGAGGGCUCCUCUGGUGCUGCUAUGAACAUGUGACACAUGGGGGGGCAGGGGCAGGAUCAAAGACCAGGGGGUGUUUUUUUAAAACGCUCAAAGCGUUCAAGAGCCUGUCUGUCAGUCAGUCUGUGCGUUCGUCUGUUCACAUCCAUGUCCGUCUUUUUUCUCCCCUCCUUCCCUCCCCCGCCCCCUCACCC